CAUGUUCCAGCACACGGCAGGAGCUGGAGGAGGAGGAGGAAUGGGUGCUUCUACCCAGACAAACACAAACAUUAUCCAGACAGCCGUUUUCCAGCACACAGCAGGAGGUGGAGGAGGAUCGGGCACUCCCGCAGCCGUUACGCAGCCUCCUGUGAUUGCAAACAGCACAUCGGGUGGCAGCGGUGAUGGAGGAGGACUCUCUGGUGCCUCCGGUUUUGGACCAGCGGGCAACAACGGUGCGGUCCUCUCGCAGAACGCAUUCUCUGCGUUAAGCAGUGCACAGCCUGCUGAUGGCCAGAGAGAUGGACAGCAGAGCCUUCUUGACCGUAUAGCAAAAGACAUGGCAACGUGGGAAUCUUCUGGACAGUGGAUGUUUUCGUGUUACUCUCCUGAGACAGGCAAGCCUAAUGUUCCAGGCUUUGGAGAGUUCUCGGCUGAGGAGGUGCGUCUGGAGUAUUAUAACUGCAGUGCAAACAACAACACUGGCUACUACAUCAACUCUGUCAAUCAGUUAGUGCAGCAGUGGAGAAAGAGGCUGCAGGAGCUGAAGGCUUUAAAUGGCUCGGGAAAAGCAGCGAUGCAGAAUGGCGGUGGAGGAGGAGGAGGAAUGGGUGCUGCCACCCAGAGAAACACCAACCUUAUCAGGCCAGCCAUGUUCCAACACACGGCAGGAGGAGGAGCAGGAGCAGGAGGAGGAGGAACAGGAGGAGGAAUGGGUGCUUCUAGCCAGACAAACACCAACCUUAUCCAGCCAGCCAUGUUCCAGCACACGGCAGCAGGUGGAGGAGGAGCUGGAGGAGGAAUGGGUACCACUACCCAGAGAAACACAAACCUUAUCAGGCCAGCCAUGUUCCAGCACACGGCAGGAGGUGGA